AGAGCGGAGCGGGACCCCGAGCCGAGCACAUCGCCCGCCGCUGGGGUGUUCCGCCUUCUGCGCGCAUGAGACGGCCGUCGCCGACCGCCAGCCACGGACGCGAGUGUUGUGUGUGCCAGUGUGGACUUGGACGGCGGCAGCACCGGUCGUGUGUGUGGAUCGUGCACGCGCGUCUAGUGUGUGUUGUGUGAAACGACAGUGAGAAGAGAGACCCCGGCGCCCGAGGAUUACUCGACGCCGGUGUGGAUUUUUUUGUUUUUUUGUGACUGUGUGUGGACUUCUCACGCCAGCAAGAUGCCGCGAUCGUUCCUGAUCAAGAAAAACUACAGCCACUGCCCGUUGAAGAAACGGCCAGUGUUAAAACUGGACGAUGAAAAAGAUGUGGCGGACAACUCCGAACCGGAGAACCUGAGCACGAAGCCGGAGGACCUGAGCAUGAGCGCGGCUCAGCACCAGUUCCCUCACAAGGCCAUCACCCCGCCCCCCGCGGUGGCGCUCAUCUCCAGCUUG